AUGAAAUCAAUAGGAAAUUACAUCUUGGGCAAAACAAUUGGAGAAGGAACUUUCGGGUAGGUCAAAUUGGGUCAACAUACAAUUACAAAUGAAACGGUGGCCAUUAAAAUUUUGGAGAAGAGUAAAAUGAAAGAAAACAUCGAUUAUGACAGAAUUUCAAGGGAGAUCAAUUGUUUGAAGAAACUGCGUCACCCCAACAUAAUAUAGAUCUAUGAAAUAGUUUAAACUGUAAAUUCUUUAUAUUUGAUUAUGGAAUAUGCCCCAGGAGGAGAAUUGUUUUAAGUGAUAAUUAAGAACUAAAGAUUGAAUGAAAAAGAUGCAGCCGAGUACAUGAUGCAAAUUCUGUCAGGAGUUCAAUAUAUGCAUGAUAAUUAUGUUAUGCAUAGAGACCUAAAACCAGAGAAUCUGCUAUUAGAUGAAAAUAACAAGAUCAAAAUAGUAGAUUUCGGUCUCUCAAAUCAAUUUAAGGAUGGCCAAUUACUCAAAACUGCUUGUGGCAGUCCUUGCUAUGCUGCUCCUGAAAUGAUCUAAGGAAAAGAGUACGAUCCGAAAUCUGCAGACACUUGGAGUUGCGGAGUCAUUCUAUUUGCUAUGGUCAAUGGAUAUCUCCCUUUUGAAGACAAGAAUCUAAAUUUAUUGUAUAAAAAAAUCAUGAAUUGCGAAUAUGCUACUCCAAAAUACAUGAGUCCUUUGUGUAAGGAUCUCCUUGAGAAAAUAUUGCAAGUAAAUCCUCUCAUAAGAUACAAUAUCUAACAAAUAGUCUAGCAUUAUUGGAUUUAAACAUGUAUUACUAAUCCAAUUUUAACACCAGGAUAUGGAGAAAUCAAUAUUUGUCAAGAGGUCCUGGAAAAGUUGGCCACUUACAAUUUCAAAUUACCUCAAGCAUAUGCCUAUUUAAAAGCCAAUAAGCAUGAUCCAGUAACUACUACAUACUAUUUGCUAUUAAACAAACAUUUGAGGGAAAAAUAGUAGGAUCCAGAUGAGACAUUCUAAUACAAAUUAAUUUAAAUCCCUCCUCCACAACAUCCAUAAAUAGCCAUCCUUAAAGAGACAUCUAAUGUCCAAUCCCAAAAGAUAAGUUAGGUUGACACUAAAGAAAAUAUGACUCCUUAGAAGAACCUUUAGGAAUAGAAAUCAACCAAUUCUUAAAAAACACUCAAUAUAGAAAAUUCAGAAUAACAAAAGAUUUCACAGUUGCCAGAUGUCUAAAAUCAAGAAGAGGUUGAAGAAAUUAAAGAGAAAUUCAAUGAAUUCUAAAAUCUAACUGAUAUUUCACAAAUUAACCCUGUUAAUAAUGAUUAAUUCGAGAGUAAUAACGAAUAACAAUACGAUAACGAUGUGACUACAAAUAAUUAUUUAAACAUUUCAGCCUAGAUUCCCUUUCCUGAAAGACCAUCACUUCAAACAUCAUUAAAUAAUACUCCCAUCUAUCAUAAUGAUUAUAAUUCUAGAUUGAGAUAGGUUUCACUCAGCAUAGAAAAAAAACCUGAAACUUUGUUUCCUACUGUUGAAUAAAUCAAAUUAAAAGCAAUGCAAUUUAAACAAAGAGCCUUCGAAAAUGCAGAUCAUUCACCUGCAAAUUAAAAACCCUAAACUUUGAAAACGCCUUAAAGAUCUGCUGUUUAUAGAGCUCCUAAUUUUCAUAAUUAGCACUCACAUGAUCGACCACAAAGUCCUUUGAUUGUAGUAAAAUAACAUGAAGGUCCAUAUCAUCUCAAUUAACUUGUUUUCACAGAUCCAUAAAAACUAACUUAAAAAAUAAUAUCUCAUUUAUAAUCAUAAAAUUUUGAUGUAAAAAGAAGCAAGUUUGAAAUAAAAAUAAGCAAAUGCGAUUUUGCAAUGACAUUUGCAAUAGCUCUUUUAUGUGAUUCUGUUUAUGUAAUAAAAUGUGAAAAAAUACAAGGAGAUUCAGAAGAAUAUGAAAAAAUUUAUAAAUAAAUAAUUUAGUUGAGAUGA